CUACCUUUCAACAUUACUAUUUAAACUCACUUUCUUCUUCUCCUUGACUCAUAAAUCUUACUUUCCUAGCUAGUAGUCUGGUUCUUGGUUCACAGAACUUCUUCACACUAUGGCUCUCAAAGCCUUCCUCCUACUCUUGGCCACCGUUCUCUUUGCUAUCACAACGGCUUCAUCUCAUGAUCUCCAUGAGGAACUCAAGAUAAAGGCGGCUUAUGUCCAAAGCCAAGCACCACCACCACUUCCAAUCGUCAAAGCUCCGGCUCCACCACCUCUAGUGACCAAGCCACCCGUAGUUCCUGUGCCUCCAGUUGUGAAGCCACCUACUUAUGCUCCACCGCCAAAAGUGAUCAAGGCACCCCCUCCAGCACCACCUGUAGCUCCUGUGACUCCAGUGAAGCCACCUACUUAUGCUCCACCGCCAAAAGUGGUCAAGGCACCCCCUCCAGCUCCACCUCUACCCAAGCCACCAGUUCCUGCGCCUCCAGUGAAGCCUCCCACCUAUGCUCCACCACUUCCCCCAGUCAAAUCAAAAAAGGAUUGCGUUCCAUUGUGUGAACAAAGGUGCGCUUUGCAUUCGAGGAAGAGGACGUGCAUGAGGGCUUGCAUGACAUGCUGCGACCGCUGCAAAUGCGUGCCGCCGGGAACUUCUGGCAACCGGGAAAGAUGCGGCAAGUGCUACACUGACAUGACCACCCACGGCAACAGAUCCAAGUGCCCUUAGAGUAGUGUACUCCAAUUUCUUUAUCUCUUUUUUGUUGGAGGCUUGUGAUGUGAAGUACUGCUAGGCAAUUAAGGAAGUAAUUAAUAAGUAUGUGAGAGAGAGAGAGAGAGAGAGAUGCGAGAAAAUGUAAUGUAAUGGUUUUCCCCUACUUCCCUGCUGCAUCUAUUCAAUGGUCAUUUAGUGUUUUGUUCAA